AUGUUGACGUUAUUGAGAAGAACCAAAACGAGUAGGGAAACGUUGGAAUUGAGUGGCUAAUGAUUUGAUUUCCCGCGAGAGGCGCUCCCUCCCCAUUGCGCUUCCACCUUUCGCGGAUCCUUCCAGAGAAAAAAGACUCUCCGCCAUCAUCCUGUUGCUUCCGGACGCCAGCCGCUGCGUGACGCCCAUUCCGACGCUGAACCAUCCGGGCGGCGUCAUGUGCGGACCGGCGAUCCUCAACUCCGGUCUCUGUCGCUUCUCAGAGCUCACACCGGGACAGUUUGGACUCACGAAGCAAUUGGUUUGUUUCUAGUUUGAGGUUGCUCUAAUUUGCUCUGCGAAAUUGUUUUUUUGCCAAGUGAUCAGCCCAUUUUAUUUUCAAAUUAUCAUUUUCAGAUCGAUUUCAAAAUUUAGGCUGAAAAAAAUUUUUGGAGAAAGUGCUUAACCUCGACAGUUAAUUUAUGUAAAAAAAUCAGAGAAAAAAAUUAUGAAUAAUUACUUUUUUUCGCAAACACUUCUAUGGAAAGUUGUUUUUAUCCGAUCGAAUUCUACAGAAAAAAACAAAAAUUAUACUGUAUUUUUGAAAAGGAAUAUUCGGUUCUAAUUAGCUUUAAUUUUUCUUUACCUUCUAUAAUCAUUUAGUUCAAAAACUUCAUAACAAGAAAAUUUUGGCUUAUGUUUUACUUUCCAAGUGUAAGUGAUCAUAAACAAAUUACAUUGAAAACUUGUGGAUGAGCUGUCGAGCUCAUUUCUCAGAGACUAAUUUUGGGAGAUCCUUGCUUGUUUUUAAAUCUCAAAGCCGAAUGGCAAGAGUCGAAUUGAGGUCCUGCGGCUGGCUCUGCCGCAUGUGACGCUUCUGCUCGUGUCGAUCAUCUACGCGGCGUUCGGCGGCUGGAUGCUCACCAUCAUCAAGUACAACGACCAAACUGCCCAGGCGCCCUCCAUCCUUGAGCAGUAGGAUGCUCCGAUCCGAUCGUCUUCAGCAGAUUGGGUUCAGAUCGAAGCAGAUGAUGGUCCGAAGGCUUCUCACCCUCAAUCGGUCUGAACUCGAGCGUGGCUUCGUCCAGUUCGCCGAAGAACUUUUCGAGGUCUACAACAACGAGGGUCUCGGCCGCGAUGCUGUAUGUUCUCUGAUCUGUAUAUUUUCUUGCUCGAAACAUUCCGAAGAUUUUUUCUUGUUAAUCAGGAAAAAAUUGCCACGCCAAAAUCUAAAGCGUUGCCAUCUAAUUUUGAGAUUUUUUCUUUGAGCGCAUUUUUCCAAUUAUUAAAGUUAGAAGUGAAUACUUUUCUGGGCAAAAACGUAAAUGGCACACAAAUUCUGGCUGCCGCGUUCCUCUUUUUAGUUCUCUUAAGAUUUUUCAGGACCUCGCAUCAUAAAAAAAGAAAAAAAUGUUUGUUAUUAAUUUUUUUCACUGCUUUGAUACUAUCUCCUUCACGAGCAAAGCCCAAAAAGACCUUGAAUAUUAAAUUCUAGAACCACUUUUUUUAAAAUUAAAAUCUAGAGCUACUUUUUUUCCUAACAAGAUGUCAAUAGUUUCUCUGGAUCUCCUUUUUUUUCUUCUUCAAAAGAAAAGUCGAGAAAAGAGAGCCUAUCGAAAAAGCUGAUUUUUAUAUAACUCAUUCAUUUUGCAUUCGAAGGUCGUCACGAGUUCACAUCCAUUCUCCAACUUCACAUCGAAUCUUUUCUUUGCUGCAACUACUCUGACUUCAAUAGGUUAGUUCAUAUAUUUGACUUCCAACCAAUUUAAAUUUUCCAUUCAAUUUCACAAUUUUUACUCUUUUUUGCAUCAUAUUUGUUAUUUUUCAGUUACUUUAUCAGCUUUUAAUAAAUUUAGGCUAUUUUCUGAUUGAUUGAAGUAACAUCCUUUGAAUAAGCGAAUUUUUCGAAAAUUAAAAACCUUGUUGCUCAGGUUACGGAACCGACGCCCCAGUCUCGCCGGUCGGUCGAAUUUUCUGCCUUGUAUAUUUAUUUUUCGGGAUCCCGUUAUACCUCAUUACGAUUGCCGAUUUGGUAGGAUUUUUUUCAUUUAUUUUGAAUUUUAGCAAUGUUUUUAGGCCAAGUUCUGUACAGAAGGAAUGAAUCGUCUCUACACCGAAAUUAUCAAGUACAAGUUUACAGUGAAAAGACGCUACAAACGUUGGAAAUCCGGUCGGAAUCGCAGGUUUUUUUUUCAUGUUUUCAGAGGUUGAUUUUUUCAGAAAAUUUGAACUUGCUCUCAAAUCAGAUGUGAAAAAUUUUAGCCACCAGAAAACGGUUUAUUUCUUAAUUGUUUUCUCUUAGUUUUAAGAUUCUUGUUGAGAUUUUUCUGGUUGAACUUCGAAAAUAAUUUUUGAUUAAAUUUCAGAGAUUCGAUACGUGUCGGACAAGUUAUAAUAGCCGGCGGCGAAGAUGAGGUUAUUUUUCGCUCUAUUUGAUGUUUUCGAAAUAACUACUUAUUCGAACUUAAUCUAAUUUUUCUUUCCAUUCAUUUUCAAGUGUGACCAAAAAAGGUUUCAAUUCAGCGAGAAAUUUUUUUCACUGUUUCGAAAGAUUUCUAACGAUUUCACCUAUUAAGCAAAAAAACGAAAAAUUGUCAUCAAAAAAAUAAUAAAUAAAGAUCGAAUAAGUCCAAGAUUUCAGAAUUAGAAUAGACGAAUAAAAUUUCAGGGAUCAAACUGUGAUCCAUAGAUGAAAAUUGUUUCAAAAAAAAAAACCAGAUCCAGAAGCGAACCUGGUAUUUCUGUGAUGAGCUAAAAAUCUAAAAGUUGUUCCAUAAGUUUCAACAUUUUUUUAUUGAUUUCAUUUUCACUUUUUGUUGUUAUCAAUCCUAUCUCUCGAUUAUUGACUAUUGUUGAAGUUUUCCGUUGUCGGGCUACAUUUAUGCUAGAAAAAUCAUCGUUUAAGGUGGCCGAGUUUCUAUGGACUCACUUGGAACAUGCGCAAUUCGUCGAAGUUCCUUUCCUCCUCGUCAUAGGCAAGCCUGACCUUCGGUCAAGUCCAUUUUCUCUUCCUUCCCAGGAAUUCUGCUUGCCUACAUCGGCUUCUCGUCAUGGAUCAUCUCCUGGGUCGAGGGCUGGAAUGCCACCGACGGCUUCUACUUCGUCAUGAUGAGCGUGCUGACGAUCGGCUUCGGCGACAUGGUCCCGAGGAACGACGUCUUCACCGUCCCCGUCCUGAUCCUCGUCUUCGUCGGCCUCGUCCUCACGACGACCUGCGUCGACAUCGUCGGCGCCUACUACAUCGACCGGCUCCACUUCUUCGGGCGUCGACUGGAUGAUGUACGUUAUUCAGAUUCUCGCGAUGAUUUUCCACUUUAUACCUCAAGUUACUAAUUCAUUUUCAAGAAGAAUAGGCAAUCGGAGUGAAAAAAAAGCCUUUUUGAGUUUGAGAGAAGAAAUUAUCCUAUUGUUGCAAUCAAAACAGUGAAAACUUGCAGGACCCUCUUUCCUGGCUGAAAGAAGUGCAGCAGCGAAGAAUCGAAGCCAUGAAAAAAGAGGCGAUGCGGAAGCUUUUCGAGACUGUCACGGCCCUUCAUCACAUCCGGUUGACAGGUUCAAAUUUCUUCAAAAACUGAAACAAAAGAAAAAAUUCCAGCUUUCAAGCACUUGACCGAAAACUACGAGGAGAACAUGCUUCAACGCGGUGAGUCAAAAUUUUUUCUUUAUUUCUGUAAUGUUUUGGAAUUUUUUUUGAAGUUGUGGUUAUAGAUUUUUCGCACUAUAAGGCAAUCUUUUUUUUUAUUGAAAAUUCUGAAACUACAUACACGGCUAAUUUUUCUAAGAAAUUUGCGUAACAUUUUUUGUUUUUUUUUUCAUCAUUGUCUUUUUUUCGGCUGAUAUUUUGAGGAUCCGUUUUGAUUCUUUCUGCGUAGGUUUUUUUUUGAGAAUUACGCCGACACAACUUUUAAAAAUUUUAUUUUAACCUAGUUUUCUGAAAUAUUGGAUGAAGGUAAAAAAUAACUGAAUAACUGAUUCAUUAUUCCUCGACAUUUUUGGAGAAUCAGCAAUUUUUUUGAGUUUCAGCUCCUCCGCCGCCGCCCCGAAACCUUGUCGCUUCGCAUUCGACGGCGGAUACGGUAAUGUUGCGGUGGAGCGCGCCUGUCUACGUCGACGAAGGCAAACGAUAUUGGUACACCCUCAAGUACAAGCCCAGGUACAUCUUUUUAUGACAAAAAAAAAUAAUGCCGUGUUCAAAGUGAUUUUGCGAAAAUCAGAAUCGCCGUCAGAGAGUGAGAAAGACAAUUAAAUUUUGGAGAGUCAAAGAAAAUUUCGCGGAAAAUACUUUGAACACGACAUCAUAGAUCUACAGAGAAAUCCCCAUUUUUCAACUGUAUCUUCAAGUUGAAAAUUUUUCCAAGUUUCCACGCAUGUUCAAGGCGGCCGGUCGUAUUACGGUAAUCAAGCUAGGUUUUUUGGUAAUAAAAUGAAAAUUUGUGUACUUUUUGUGGCGUAACUUGUCUUGUAACCUCGAGAAAUAGGUCCUUAACAAAUUGCAAAAAAGGAAAAAAAAUUGGAAAAUUUCCUGGCUCCGAAACUGAGAGCGCAAUAUUGACCGGCCACCGGCCGCAGUAACACUGUCUUAAACAUGCGUGUUUCAUCCCUAAAUGUCAAAUUUGAAGUUAGUCGUUAAAGUAUUCUUCUUUUUCCAGAUGAGUUGAACCUCGUUUCAUUCCGAGAACUAUUAAUUAAUUUCUGUCUUUUUCUAGACUUAAUCUUGUUUGAAAAAUCUACUGUGUCCCAACUUUGUUUUGAAUCUUUUUAGAACGCCGCAGCGACGGAACAACGUCGUGGUUGUGGACUUCAUCACGAAGGACCGUUAUUUGGUGACAGGGCUCAAGUCUUUCACGCUCUACGAGUUCAGCAUGUUCACCACGACUCGCUACGGCCAAAGCACGCCGAUUCGUGCCCAGGAAUACACGGGUUGAAGGCAACCUCCGAGGGAUCACUAAAGAGAAAGAGUUUCAGAGCCAUGUACAGUGCCUCAGUCGGUUCGCAUCGACGCCAUCAGCGAUGAGACGGCGACUAUUUCCUGGAGAACUCCCAAAGUCAACAAUGGACCGGAAGUUGGUGUCAUAUACUCCUUUUUCUCUGUAUCAUCGCUAUAAAUUCAUAAUUGCGUGUUAGUCUAGUUCAUUUUGAUCUGAAAUAAAUAAUGAGACGGAAACCUAGAUUAAUAAAGGAUGAGUAGUUCCGUUUAGACGGUACAGUUAGAAAGAAAACCAUAAAUUUUCGAAGAUUUUGGAAUAUUUUUCUAAUUUUUCCACAACCUCGGAAAAAGCCCCAGAGGUCUUCUCGAGGCUUUUUAAGAAAUUAGAAAAAUCAAUUUUUUUAACUUCCUUAAAAAGGUACAAAAAGUCUUGUUCAAUAUUUUUCUCACUUUUCAAGAAAACAGAUUUGUUUUUGGCUUUACAAUCCUUCCUUAUUCAGAUUUUCCUAGGUCUUCUUCUUCCAGAACCGAUCCAUCUUGUCAAAGAAAAUUUUAAAACCUUCUUUUGAGUUACUUGGUUUUGUUUUUGUGUGAAUAAUCUAUUAUCGUGUGAGAUUCAAGAAAAUCACGUAUUUUUUAAUCAAUUUUAUCGAAAUCGUUUAUAGCUUCUGCUGAAAUUUCGUAUGAAAAAAUGAGAAACGAACAUUUCUCAUUUUUUUUGACCUUAUACGAACGCAGAACCAUCUGCUCCGCGGCUUUUUUUUUUGGAAAUAAGAACAUUUUCAGAAGUACGUGAUCCAGUUUACACAGGAGCCGGCGCCACAGUUCACCUACUGGAACCGGUAUCGGGUCGGCGACUCGACCAGGUUCACCCUCACGAAUCUGCUCCCGGACACCAGGUAACUCUUGCCUUUCUCAAUUUGAAGUCAAUAAUCGAGGUCACAGGUUUCUCACCUUUUCAUCUCUGAUAAUUUAUGAUAAAAUACCUUUAUAACUUGAGAAGUGAAAAAUAAUCAUUUCUUCUGUACCUUUCUAAAAAAGACAAGUUGAUUUGAGGUACAUAAUCUGCGUGUCCGCGGAGCACAACUACGGUCUGGCGGCGAUGUCGAAGGCGAUGCGUUUCCGGACGAAGACGUGGUGGGGCGACGACGACAGCCAGUACCUCAAGAUUCCCGGCACGAGCCAUCGUCUCAGCAUCGCCUCCGCCAUCAGCACUCUCAGCGCUCUGCGGUGA